AUGUUCUCUGUUUCUGGAGUUUUCAUGCCUGGUAUGAAUGCUAUAUUGGGACCAACUGGCUGUGGAAAAUCUUCGUUGUUAGAUGUAUUGGCAGGACGGAAAGAACCACUGAGAGUUAGUGGAGACCUACUGUUCAAUGGAUCACCUUCUCCAGAAAAUUUUAAAUGUAUGGUCGGGUAUGUUGUUCAGGAUGAUGUUGUUAUGGGCGGACUGACUGUUCGAGAAAACUUUGCAUUUUCAGCGGCUCUCAGACUACCCGGUCAUAUCACAAAGGCUGAUAUACAAGAAAAGAUACAAAAUGUUAUAAGCGAACUUGGGUUGACAGGUUGUGCUGAUACGAAGGUUGGAAACGAAUUUUGUCGGGGAAUUUCUGGCGGAGAAAGAAAACGAACAAAUAUUGGAAUGGAACUGAUUAUUUCACCCCAUGUCCUAUUUUUAGAUGAACCAACAACAGGUCUUGAUGCAAACACAGCUUAUUCAGUUAUGCAAUUAUUAAAAAGUUUAUCAAAAAAUGGAACAACAGUUGUCUUUUCCAUUCAUCAGCCAAGAUUCUCUAUUUUCAAGCUGUUCGACAGUUUAAUGUUAUUAUCCCUUGGUGAAUGUGUAUAUCAUGGACCUGCUCAAGAAUCUUUGGACUACUUCCAGUCUAUAGGAUACAUCAUAGAAGAGCACAACAAUCCUCCUGAUUUCUUUCUAGAUGUUAUUAAUGGAGCGACUGUCAACACAAAGGACAAAAAUAUUGUUGAUGUACACCAGAAAAUUGUAUCAUCAUUCAGGAAAUCAAAAUUAAAUUCCAGAUUGCAGAAUUUAAUGAAGCCUAUACUUUACCAGUACCGACAAGCACUUGAUACAAAUACCUUAAAAAUAUCACCUAAAGUAGAUUAUGCCACUAACUUUGUCAAGCAGUUUAGAGUCAUAUCAAGUAGAACUUUACUGAAUUCACUGAGAAAUCCCCAACUUUCAAUUUUACACUGGUUUGUUUUAAUAAUAUUUGGUCUUAUUGUUGGGGCUAUUUAUUGGCGGAUGGAAAGGGAUUGUGAAUCCGGUAUACAAAACAGAGUUGGUGCUUUUUUCUUCAUUUUGAUGAACAUUGUCUUUUCAAGUUUGUCAGCUGUAGAACUAUUUAUCAAAGAACGAUCAAUUUUUAUACAUGAAAAUUUAAGUGGAUUUUACAGAGUGUCGGCAUAUUUCUUUUCUAAGAUUAUAUGCGAUUCUUUAUCAAUGAGACUGAUUCCUGUAUUUUUGUUUUCUGUCAUCACAUAUUUUAUGCUUGGUUUAACAUUGGACAUGGAGAAAUUCUUUCUGUACGCUCUAACCCUGUUUAUGGUAGCUAUGACAGGAACUAGCAUUGCAUUUUUCUUCAGCGCAUGCGUUACAGAUUUUGGUAUGGCUAAUGUGUGGAUUGCUGUGACAUAUGUGUUAAUGAUGGUGUUUAGUGGUUUGUUGGUUAAUAUAAAAACAGUACAAGCUUGGUUACGAUGGAUAAAAUGGUUUAGUUUAUUUAGAUAUGGUCUUAAUGCGUUACAGAUAAUUGAAUUGAAAGAUAUGACUUUAACGAAAGAAAAGGGCUUAUGUCCUGUCACUGGUAACAAAUAUCUUACGAGACAAGACGUUGCAUAUGAAACGAAAUGGGAUUUCUGGCAGAAUAUUGUCGCAUUAUUUUCCAUGUCAGUGCUGCUGUUUAUUGGUACAUACGUUCAGCUGAGGAGAAUGAAGAAAAUACGUUAACAAGAACGUACAAACAUUACAAUUACAGUAUUAAAUCAUUACUUUUGAACCCCAUCUGUCAUACAAAGUAUAGUCAUAUAAGGAAAAUAUUUAUACUUAUGAUAAUGGCAUUUAUUAAACGAUUUUAAGUAAA